AUGAAAAUAAUCACCGCUUACUAUUUCAUAGAUAUAGUCAGCUCACUAGCAUUCCCGCGGAUGCUGGAUCGGAGAGAAAACCUAGAGCCACGCCAUACCAAUACCUGCCAAUGGAUUUUGGACUUGGAAAAAUACCGAUCUUGGAGGAGUGAGCCCCGUGGUCUAUUAUGGAUCAAGGGCAAACCAGGUGCCGGCAAGUCGACACUGAUGGCAUUCCUACACAGCAGACUCAAAAGUGUACAAAUCGACGAUCAGGGCAUCCAGCUCGACUUUUUCUUCACUGCCCGAGGCACAGAGCUGCAACGUACACCUCUGGGUAUGCUCAGAUCUUUGGUGAACCAAAUAUUUGUUCAAGAUCCAACAAUAAGGCCCCAGGUGCGCGAGACCUAUAGAGAACGACGAGAGCGAUUCGGGUAUGCUGAAAGCCAAUGGAGUUGGCCACAAGCGAUACUGGAAAGUCUACUGGAAGCCGUUAUCCUCGCAUCUGGCAGUCAGCGACUAGUAGUGGUCUUUGUUAAUGCUCUGGAUGAGACCGGCCCUGAGUCUGCCAUCUACCUCGCAAAUUAUUUUCAUCGACUUCUUGGCAGAGCAGACAAGCAGGGUGCUGCUGUUCGCAUUUGUAUUUCGUGUCGGCACUAUCCUAUCAUAGGGAGUACCCAUGCUAUGGAAAUAUGGGUCGAAGAACACAACGGCCGAGAUAUUGCUGCAUAUGUUCAGGACACACUUGCGGAGACGGAAAUGGAAAUGGAAGCCAUUGGAACUCCAAGCGAAGGCAGCAGACAAAUGCUGAUCGCAAAUUUGAUCCAGCAGGCUGACUGUGUCUUUCAAUGGGCGCGGCUCAUUAUACCCCAUACUCGACGGAGACUUGACGAAGGGCAAUCAUUUCAAACGAUCUAUAACUGGUUACGCGAGAUUCCUCCCGAUCUGGAAGAUGUGUAUCAGUAUAUUCUGACACAUGUGAUAGAGGUUUGGAACCUGAAAGAGUCUCUUCAGCUGUUUCAAUGGCUAUGUCUGGCUGAGCGUCCCUUGACUGUGGUAGAGCUGCGGUAUGCCAUGGCCGCUGGCAAUGCCGAAAUUUCAAACUUCCAAAUGCCUAUGGAGCAUGUCCCUGGCUUCAUCCAAAGCGACAAACUAAGAAGCUAA